CCUAGUGGCUUGACAAGCAGCUGGGAGGGGGCUUCUUCCGCCCUCAGCCUUCUCCCACAGCCCUGUACUCAGAGCCCUUGGGAAGGAAGACAUCCAGGGUUGGGCUCCUGUGCCACACCAAGCCCACAUGCUGCUGACAACCAGCUCUGCUUUGUAGGCUCCUGUGCCACACUGUACUGUUGUCCAGGGUAACUAGCUGCUGUCCCACCACCUGCCCAGGGAGGGAUAGAACUCUGGGCCUGGAGUUACUAGAACCCCACCGGAGGGACCUGGAGGAUGGGGAGGAGGCUGAAACAAGGUCUGCCUUGUGUGGUGUAGUGAGCUAGGGCCUGAGGUCAGGUACAGGGGGUCCAGGCUGCUGCCUCCUGCUGGGCAGUCAGGAGGUGCAAGGUGGAGGUGGGUGGGUGGUCUGGCCUUGCUCUGAUGUGUUCUCCCUUGGGUGGGGGCUGUGGUCAAGGGACAAGGACAGGGUCUGAGUCAGAUCUGGCAAAGACCAAGACACCAUUGCUAUCAGGUCCUGUGGUAAGCUGAGAACUUUGGGUGCACUCUGGGCAGGUAGAUGAGAUUGCCCCUGGGUGGCAGGUAGGGGUCCUUGCUCAGGCCAGGGUGGGCAAAGCCUUAAGAGAGUGCGCCCUGCCUCCACCCCUGAAGGACCAGGCUGCCUGAUCACCCCAACAGCAGAUAGGCAUCCGGGCUGCUCACCAGGAGGUCACCGCUGCCAGUUUCCUUCUUGCCGUCAGCUGUUGGGGACAGGACCUGCCUGGUUCUGUCACCAGCAGUCCCUAGGUGGGUGUCAUUGUUGGGUGGGAUCCCUUGGGCCUGCCUCACCUGCAGCAGGUGCAAAUGGCACACUGGCCAGGAUGGUACAGCAGAUCAUCCUACAGCUGCCACCCCCAGGCCUGGUGAGUGAGAGCAGUGCCUGCGCUAUACCAAAUUCUGGAGUCCCCAAGUGCUGCUGGGCCCAGAUCCCACCUCUGAGGCUUAUCUUGGCCAAGUCUUACAGAGUUCUGAGCAUGGCUUUCUGUCCUCAUGUGAGUCUCAGCUGUGCACCACUAUGGCGACACUCCCAGUACUAGUUUUCAGAAAGACCACAAGAUGACAAGGCAGUUCAAGACAGUGUGGAGGCGGCACCAUCAGUGACCUGGCCGCUCCCUGUACCCCAUACCUCCUCUGAGCCUGUGUGUGUUGAGGCUCCCAGUCCUGCAUUGGCAUCUGUCUCCACGGCAUGGGGCUCCACACUCACUGAUCCCCAGGUUAGAGCCUGACAGUCUUAACCUGCCACUUACCUAGGGGCUCCUGGCGGGCCUCCUGUUCCUGUCAUACCCCCAGGGGUGUCCCUGUUCUUAAGACUGCGUGUGUUCCUGUGCACAGGUGGACCCGGUGGUUAACAUACACAUGCGCAACCUGUGAUGUCCUCUGUUCUCUCGUCCCUCCCUGCCCCAGCUCACAGACCCCAUGGCCUCUUGCUGGGGUGGAGCUCACAUUUAGACCUGUCCAGCAGACCUACAGGUCUCUGCACACCUGUAUGUUCUCUGGUCUCCCACGCCUGCGCCCAUGACCAACAUGAGCUGGAGCUUUCUGACGCGGCUGCUGGAGGAGAUCCACAACCACUCCACCUUUGUGGGCAAGGUGUGGCUCACCGUGUUGGUGGUCUUCCGCAUUGUGCUCACGGCCGUGGGUGGUGAGUCCAUCUACUCCGACGAGCAGGCCAAGUUCACCUGCAACACGAGGCAGCCGGGCUGCGACAACGUCUGCUAUGACGCCUUUGCUCCGCUGUCACACGUGCGCUUCUGGGUCUUCCAGAUUGUGGUCAUCUCCACACCAUCUGUUCUCUACCUGGGCUAUGCUGUGCACCGUCUGGCGCGCGCCUCAGAGCAGGAGCGCAGACGUGCGGUGCGCCGCCACCCAGGCUCUCGCCGUGCACCCCCGCCUGGCUGGCCAGAGCCAGGUGAGGCGGAGCCUAUGCUGGCCCUGGGCACCGGCGAGGACGAGGAGGAAGAGGAGGAAGAGGAACCCGAGGCGCCUGGUGCGGAAGACAAGGGAGGUGCAGGGGACGCGGCCGGGGCGGCUGGGCCCGGGGCACAGCACGACGGCAGGCGGCGCAUCCAGCGCGAGGGCCUGAUGCGUGCAUAUGUGGCGCAGCUGGCGGCGCGGGCGGCGCUUGAGGUGGCCUUCCUACUGGGCCAGUACCUGCUGUAUGGCUUCGCUGUGCGCCCGUCCUUUGCGUGUGGCCGCCGGCCCUGCCCGCACGUGGUGGACUGCUUCGUGUCACGGCCCACCGAGAAGACGGUCUUCCUGCUGGUCAUGUACGUAGUCAGCUGCCUCUGCCUGCUGCUCAACCUCUGCGAGAUGGCUCACUUGGGCCUGGGCAGCGCACAGGACGCCGUGCGUGGGCGCCGCUCGCAUGCCGGGUCUGCGACUGCCACGUCCCCGGCCCCGCCGCGUCCUGCGCCCUGCGCGCUGGCGCUUUCUGCGCCUGGGCCUGCUGGCCCGCCCGACUACAGCCUGGUGGUGCGCGCAGCCGACCCGGGCCUGGCACAGCUGGGGCUGCAGGCACUGCGGGACCGUGACCGCGACCACGACGGCCCGUCCUGCCCCGGGCUUGUUGCCGCCUCCCGGGCACCUCUGCGAGCCGGUGCCCCAGCUUCAGGCUCUGGUAGCAAUGCGUCUGGCUCGGGGGGCACCACGGGUGAGCGCAGCCGGAAGCCCAGGGCGGGCUCAGAGCAGGGCAGCGGGGGCAGCAGGGACGGCAAGACCACUGUGUGGAUUUGAGCGCAGCACGAGCUGCCUAUGCACUUGCCAGGAUCCCCAGAGCUGGAGCCCAGGGCUGAUUGCUACCCAUCUCCAGGAGUGUCCCAAGCCAGGGUGGGCCUCAGGGAUCCCCACUGUUGGGCACCUGUCCUUCCGGUCAUAGCAGCUACCCAGGUGGGACACCGUUGCUGUCAGGAUACUAGCAAGGGACUGACUGCUGUCCCCACUGCACUCCCUGUAGCAGUAAAUCAGCUCUUCAGCAGCCCCUACCCGGUUUCUGCACAGCUGGGGUGAUUCUGGCCCUCCCUGCUGGGAAAAGGAAGCCCAAGUAGGCCGGGCCAGGAGGAAACCUUUGUACCUAGCCCAUCAGCACCCAGCUCUGAGCUCCCUUUCCAAGACAGCCUGCGUAAGCACCUAGAGUGCACCUGGACUGGACAGGAUCACGCUUUCUCUGCUUUACUCCUUCUGCUGGGACAACUGUGCCUUGUGGUGUGGACAGCCACAGUAGUGGUCAGGGUCUCUGGCUUUGGCUUCUGGGAGCUGCCCACCGCUUCUGGCUCUUCCUGAUUCAGAGCUAGCUUCAAACAAGGGAGAGAAAUAAU